AUGUCACGAGAAGAGCUGUUGGUCUUGCGAAAGACCCUGAAAGACCUGCUGGACAGAGGAUUCAUCCGAGCGAGUAGCUCAGCGGCUGCCGCGCCGGUGCUGUUCGUGCGGAAGCCGAAUGGAGGGCUGCGAUUUUGUUGCGACUACCGAGCGCUGAAUAAUCUGGCCAAGGCUAAGUGGUUCACCAAGUUGGACGUGGUGGCCGCUUUCCAUAAGAUCCGCAUGGCUCCGGGACAUGAGGGAAAGACUGCAUUUCGCACGAGGUUUGGGCUCUACGAGUGGCUCGUGUGCCCUUUCGGCCUGAGCGGCGCCCCGGCAUCAUUCCAACGAUACAUGAACAGUGUAUUGCGCGAAUGGCUGGACGACUUUGUCACAGCGUACCUGGAUGAUGUACUGAUCUACUCGAGCGGUUCGAAGGCGGAUCAUGAGGCUAAGGUGCGACGAGUUCUCCAAGCACUCGCCGACGCUGGGCUGCACCUAGACCCAGCGAAGUGCGAGUUUUCGGUACAAGAGCAGCGCGCCAUCCGCGAAUGGGAGGCCCCGACCACGGUGAAGGGUGUCAGAAGCUUUCUGGGCUUCGCCAACUAUUACCGGAUCUUCAUCCCCGACUAUGCCAAGAUCACGCAGUCUCUGGAUGCCCUGCUUAAGAAAGGAACUGCCUUUCAUUGGGGACGAGCGGAGAACGAGGCGUUUCAGGAGCUGAAGCGACGAUUUUGCGAGUCACCGGUGCUCAAGCAGUGGGACCCGAGCCUCCCGACCUUUUUGGAGACGGAUUGCUCAGGCUACGCAUUGGGAGGCGUCCUGUCGCAGGAAGGCCCAGAUGGACGUCGACACGCAUGCGCCUUCUUCUCGAAGCGACUUUCGCCAGCGGAGUACAACUAUCCCAUUCACGACAAGGAGAUGCUUGCCAUCAUGAGAUGUCUCGACAACUGGAACGCCGAACUUAGGAGCUGCGGCCCAUUUACAAUCCUUACCGAUCACCGCAACCUGGAGUAUUUCAUGACACGCCAGAAGCUCACGGAACGGCAGAGCCGUUGGGCAGCCGAAUUGUCCCAGUUCGACUUCAAGCUCGAGUAUCGACCGGGAAGCGAGGCUGUCGUGCCUGAUGCGUUGUCCGCCAUGAAGGUCUUCGAGGUAGCGGACCUGCAGCAACUCUGGGACGAAACGGUGGCGAAGGACUCGAUAUUCCGGGCAGCCUAUAAGGCAGUCCGCGAUCGCGAGCGUGCCUUCCCGCCCUCGCUGGGCCUGAAGAUCCAGAUUUCAGAAUGUGCGAUCGACGCAGGCAAAAGGCUGACAUUCAGAGACCGUAUUCGGGUGCCGGGUGGAUCCGGAGAGGAGGGUAACCAGGAGGAAGCUGAGAAAGACCAGUUGAGAACCCGCAUUGUGCAGCAGUCGCAUGACUCUGUUGCGACCGGUCAUCCCGGCAGGAAGGUACGCUGGCUAUUGUGGCUCGGCGAUUCUACUGGCCUGGGCAGUCCCAGCUGGUUCGCCGUCGAAGGGGAUUUCAAGCCUCUGCCGAUUCCAGAUCGACCCCGAAGCCAUUUGUCCAUGGACUUCAUCACAGAUCUGCCGCCUACUGGACUGAGCAAGGCAAGGUACCUGUGGGUGAUUGUGGACAGACUGACAAAGGCUGUGACCCUCGAGGUGAUGGACAACAUGGAAGCUGAGCCGUGUGCAAACCGUUUUCUCCAGUGUCAUUACCGAUUUCACGGAAUGCCACGGUCCAUCGUCAGCGACCGCGGGAGCAACUGGCUAAGUAGGUUCUGGAAGAGGUUCUGCCGUCUUGCAGGUGUCACGCAGAAAUUGAGCACGGCCUAUCAUCCUCAGACGGACGGAGGGCCAGAGAGAAUGAACCAGGAGAUCGAGGCCUACCUGAGAGCCUACGUGUCGUACGUGCAGGACGACUGGGGAGAACUGCUCCCUGCCGCGCAGCUGGCACUCAACAAUCGUGAAUCCGCAGCGACCAAGAUCAGCCCCUUUUCGCUGAGCAUGGUUACCACGUCGAUCCCAUCAGCGUCGAGGAAUCGGAAGAGCCACCGAGGCAUAGAGAGGAAAGCAGAGCUGAUAGCCUACUCAGUCGCCUGCAGGAGGUCAAUGAGUACAUGCAAGCAGUGA